GCGUGAAAGCAGGAAGUGUGCAGCGGGCAGAGGCAGCAUGGCGUACUCGGCGAAGAUAGGACCGUCUAUUUUGAGCAGCGAUCUGUCGCAGCUCGGGAGGGAAUGUGAGCGAAUGAUGGAGUGCGGUGCUGAUUACCUGCACCUUGACGUUAUGGAUGGUCAUUUUGUUCCAAACAUCACAUUUGGACAUCCUAUGGUGGAAUGUUUACGACACAGUAUUGGACCUGAUCCAUUUUUCGACAUGCAUAUGAUGGUGUCCAGGCCAGAGCAAUGGGUGAAGCCCAUGGCAGCAGCAGGAGCCAGUCAGUACACUUUUCAUCUAGAAGCCACAACCAACCCUGGCAACCUCAUCAAGGAAAUCAGGGAGAGUGGCAUGAAGGUUGGUCUUGCCAUUAAACCCGGAACAACGGUUGAGGAAUUGGCACCAUGGGCUGCACAGAUCGAUAUGGCUCUUGUCAUGACUGUAGAACCUGGAUUUGGUGGUCAGAAGUUUAUGGAAGAUAUGAUGCCAAAGGUGAGCUGGCUCAGGAGUCAGUUCCCUUCUUUGGACAUUGAAGUGGAUGGAGGAGUCGGUCCAGACAGCAUCCAUAGAUGUGCUGAGGCUGGAGCCAACAUGAUCGUAUCGGGCAGUGCUGUGGUGAGCAGUGAAGACCCUCGUUCUGUAAUCGCCCUUCUCAAAAACGUAGUUAUUGAAGCAAUCCAGAAACGCUCUUUGGACCGCUGAGCAUUUUGAGUGUUUUCGUCAAGUCUGUUUUCGCCCACCACUGAAAGUCUUUCCUACAGAUUCUAAGAGUUUGUUUUAAAGUAUACAUUUGUUAUCGAAUGCUUAGUGGUGCUAUUGAACGGACAUGACUCGUUGCUGGAUGUGAUGAAGGUGCAUUUGCUACAGACCACGAGAACUGCCUUUGCCUCUUGUUUGGAUUCCUCUGGAGUUUUCAAAUGCAGAUAGCCUUUCGAGAACUUCAAGCAGAUAGAACAGACAGAUUCUAUCUACAUCUGACCAUUCCCCUCUUAAUUGACCUGAUUUGGUUUGAUUAAUAACAUUUAUUGUAUGUCAUAGUACCAGUUACAGUGACAGCAAAUUGUUACAAAUUGAGAAAGCUGCUGCUGAUAACAUUUCAGCGUUAUCAGGUUUGUUGGUUAAAGAAUGACAUUGGAAUUAAGCUGGAUAAACUCUUCAUACUCAUUUUGCUGCAGAUUAUGAUAUUUUUUCAACAUUCCACCAGCCUGUGUUUUUAAAACACUGAAAUGAUGAAAAGUAUAAAUCAAGAGACUUGAA